CCUCUCACGGGCACCAUUUCAGCUCACUCUCGAGCGAGCGAGUGAGCGAGAAGUGAAGUGGCUCAUGUGCACGGGAUGCGCCUGAGGCCUCUGAGUUUCUGACGAGCCUGCUCUUGCUCCUGCUCCUGCUCCUGCUCGCAGCAGUUUACAGCUCACGCGUUGCUCCUCUCCCUCCGCAGUCUUCUAUCGUCCACUCAAGCUCUCGCCUCUCAAAAGCGAGCGUGUGUGCGUCGUGAAGCCUCUCGCCCCCAGCUCGAGCUCUCAGUGUGUGCUUGGCAGCUCUCAGUCCUCGUCGUCGCUGGGAUCGCAGGUCGCAGCAGGUCGAGAGAGUUAGACGAGCGAGCGAGUGCCGGUUUGUUUCUCUCUACGAGCCGCAGCGAUGGGGCGAUUGUUGUGCACUGCAUUGGUGGCACUGGUCGUGUUCGCGGCCGCCGCGGAGGCUGCUCGGCACCACGAGGCCUUCUCGCAGGGGACUUACUACGAUCAGAAUCAGAAGAUCACCGAUCAACCCGAGAAAGUUCAGUCGACUGAUACCACUCCAGUGACUGUGGACAACAAUGCGAAGGACACUCCUAUCGACACCAACACUCCGGCGACUACCGUGGACGAGACCCCAUCCGGCAUCCCCGAUCGUUAUCCUCAUGGGUACCCAGGAUCCGAGCAGUACAACACGCAGGUGAUGGCGGAGGACACCGACCCGGAAGCUCGCUACUCCGGAUACAAGACCACCAAUGUGCAAUACAGCUCCGUGAGCAACACUGAGACUCAGGACUCGACCACCGUCGUGCCCGAUCGAUAUCCCAAUGGCUACCCAGGCAGCGACAACCCGCUGUACACGACCGAGACUGACCCCGAGGCCAAGUUCGAGCAAGGCAAGUAUGUGAGCUACACGUCGCAGUCUCAGGACGUGAACAACGACGCCACCACCCAGAUUCCCGAUCGCUACCCACAUGGAUACUAUGGCAACGCCGACGUCGAAGCAGAGACCCAAGGCGAGGCGGACGUCUACAGCAGCCACCAAACUGACAACCAUGCGAAGUUCUCCGUGAACGAUAAGACCGUGGACUAUAACUCUCAGACUCAGACUCAGCCUACGGUUGUUCCUGAUCGAUACCCCCGUGGAUACUACCCUGGUUUGAACGAGGAUGCGCAGACGGAUUCUUCUCUGACCACUGCCCAGAAGAACCAGGUGAGCUUCCAGCAGUACAACAACCAGCCUAGAUUUGGGUACGAGGGCAUCCAAGGUGACUUUUCGACCCAGCUUCAGGGCACAGAGAUUCCUUUCGAGCUGACUGGUGGAGCUUGCCCAACUCAGUACUGGAUUUCGAACCCACAAAAGUGGCCCAAGUUCUUCAACAUCAAUUCGAAGGUCACUGACGCUUUCGGAGAGAAGGCGGCCAAGGUAUAUGGUGACACCUCUUUGUUGGACGCGCUGACGGACUCCCGAGCUGAUCCUUACAGCCAGUUGGUGAAUUCCGCUGCCACUGCCAUCCUGAACUCCUACACUCGCGUUCAGUACAAGUACAAGCACCCCAAGGUGAUUGAGUCGUUCAACGCUGCUUUGGUGACUCCCGAGGCUGCGAAGAAGCAGGCCGCAGACUUCGAGCAGUCCAAUGUGAGCGUUUUCUCUGCUGGAAUCGGCGGGUCAUGCAAUUGAUAACCCUGUGUGCGCGAAGAAGUGACGCCUCACGUUUUUGAAAUAGCGGUACUGUCGGAUCUUAAUCACCUCGAGUGAAAAGCUGCUGUGCCACAAUUUUAAUGGAAGUUAUCAUGUUGCGCACCAGCUAGCAGUCUCAUCUCUAAUGCUUAGUUAUCUAUCUCGUGCUGAGAGUCAUUGAUUUUAGAAGUCAUCUUUGAGCAGAGGUUGUCGUAAGACCUAUGUUCCAGCCCGCCAUCGAUGAUGCGUGUAAUAUACAACUACUUUACCCUUGCUAUUCGCUUUGCGUCGAUUGUUCUUGCCUCCGAUCAUGCACACAUUACCCUUUCGAGUUAGCACGCGGACUCUUGGACUAGGGUUGUGCGUGGCUCGGUCAGUAGUUCUGUACAGAUAGGUCUUGCGAUGAAGGUUAUGUCUCGUUUUUCCGUGGAAUGCAUGGGGAGCUCGUUUGCAUCUGUGCUAUUGAGUUGUAUGUUGUCUCCGAACUCCCAGAUAUGAAGAGAUUUUUGUCCACAAGUUCAGUCGGUUAGUUUUGUCGCACGGUUUCUCUUAUAAUAUUUCCUUAUCGGUGAAGAUUGUGUCGUACUAGCAACGAACAGUAACUGUAGGAAACGCAGUGAAAUGACAGGUCGGAAUUGAUUUCAGAGUGUGCGCUACAGUUAGCUUGUAGAUGUAAGGUGUGUGGGCCAGGUGAGAGUAAAGUAGGGGACAGUACAGUCUGUUUUUGUGUCAUUAAGGUUGCAACUUUAGUGUUCAUGAUGAGGCCAUGUUAGUUGCGGUUUUGAGGCCAGGGGACAUGUCUGUGCCUUGAAUGUUUUCGAAUAUACUGCUUGCCUUUUUCGAAAGAAGUAUAAUAGAAGAAAAUUGCAAGAAAAAAGUAGUGGGUCAAGAAAGGUUUGCUGUGAAAAGUGGUC